GACUCGCGCUGAUGAAGUACCGGGUCACUCUGUAAACCAUCUAUACAUCGCACUUUCUUCCGUGGUAUCACAUCCUCUACCUCUUUCCACCGCUAGCUGGGUCUUUCGGUUGCACGCCCUUGCCUGCUACACUCCGUCCACCAUCCUGCCACCCUCACUCGGCGCUACUCCACCUUGCCGUCAUAUCAGUUUCUCAGCAAGUUCAAUACCGACCUUGUAAAGCCCAAUACAGAACUACUCCUUCGCACAUAACUAGCUUCGAAUAGCUGACUGUAGUCUUCGGGUACCAAUACCCAGAGAACGUCGAUCGAAUCUGAGCAUCCGCCGUAUCAUCUCUCCCGCACAUAGGAAUCAUGGUGGAGGCAGAGGGCAACCCCACGACGUGGAAGUUCACACAAUGCUUCGGCGACAAAGGGGACGUUGAAGAUAUAACUGAAGCGGACAUCAUCUCUACGGUAGAGUUCGACCAGACGGGCAAUUACCUCGCCACCGGCGAUAAAGGUGGGCGUGUUGUGUUGUUUGAGAGGAAUGAGACAAAAAAGACCUGCGAGUACAAAUUCCAUACCGAAUUUCAGUCACACGAGCCCGAAUUUGAUUAUCUCAAAUCUCUCGAGAUUGAGGAAAAAAUCAACAAGAUCAAGUGGUGCCGCCGACAGAAUGCCUCCCAUUAUCUUCUUUCGACGAACGACAAGACAAUAAAACUAUGGAAAGUAUUCGAGAAGUCAUUAAAAGUGGUUGCGGAGAACAACCUUUCACAUGAACUCACUCCAGGCGGCGGAGUUGCUGGCGCGGGCGGUCCUGUCAGAAAUCCCAAUGCCCACUUCCGUACCGCGUCGGACCUCAAGCUGCCCCGCCUAACCCAUCAUGACACCGUCGUUGCCGCCGUGCCCCGCAAGACAUACGCCAACGCGCAUGCCUAUCACAUCAACAGCAUAUCAGUGAACAGUGAUGGCGAGACAUUCAUUAGCAGCGACGAUUUGCGCAUCAACCUAUGGAAUUUGAACAUUCAAGAUCAGAGCUUCAACAUUGUUGACAUCAAACCCGCCAAUAUGGAAGAACUGACGGAAGUCAUAACGGCUGCCGAAUUCCACCCGCAGAGCUGUAACUGGUUCAUGUAUGCUAGCUCGAAGGGAACCAUCAAACUAGCAGACAUGAGGGAGAGUGCUUUGUGCGACCAACACGCAAAACAGUUCGAACAGGAAGAAGACCCUUCUUCCAGAUCCUUUUUCUCCGAAAUCAUUUCCUCGAUUUCCGACGUGCGAUUUUCUCACGAUGGUCGAUAUAUCCUAUCCCGUGAUUACUUGACUGUAAAGAUAUGGGACGUCAACAUGGAGCGCACCCCUGUCAAGACGAUUCCCAUCCACGAACACUUGCGUCCACGACUAUGUGACACCUAUGAGAACGAUAGCAUCUUCGACAAGUUCGAAGUGGUCUUCUCCGGUGAUGCUAAGAAUGUCAUGACCGGCAGUUACAACAACAACUUCAUGAUCUAUCCUUCGGACCCAGAGAAAGAUACUGAAGUAGUACUGCAAGCCGACAAAUCAGCCUUCAAGGCCAAGAAGGUCGGCAUCCCCACGCCUAUGAAUUCGUCAACUAGCCCGACCGGCAGCUCUGGUAAGAAGGGCGGAUCAAGGGCCGGAAGUCCUGCUGCUGGCGCGGUGGGCCAAGGCCAACGAAUGAGGAAAGAAACGGACGCAGACCAAAUUGAUUUCAAUAAGAAGAUCCUACAUAUGAGCUGGCAUCCAUUUGAGGAUAGCAUCGCAAUCGCUGCAACGAACAACCUUUUCGUGUUCUCCGCGUUGUAGACUAUCUUCGCAUCAGCUGGUAAGUCUUAAGUAGAUGAGUUACAGUUCUACUUUGGAUUGCCAUGCAUGCUCGUUACUAGUCCUCUCCUUUCCUCUAUGGGUCUUCUCGGUGCUACGCUCGCAUUGUAGAAAUGAAUUACGCAUGAUGGACAGAAGUGUAGAGGUUGUCAAGCCGGGCCAUGCGGUCUCUGCAUGAUUGACGAGGUCAAACACGGCAUCACG